UUGGGGAGCAAAAGUCAAUAGGGCCUCUUGCAUGAUAUCUUCACCUCUGAUCGCAUAGGGAAAAGCAAAACCAACAUCAAAUCCUUUAUUAUCACCAUCCUCCACAAGACUCCUGUAGAGGUAUAGAGAAAGAAGAUAUAGAAGAUGUCAUGGAGCUCCCAUCAAGCCCAGGGCUUGUUCGAUGAAAAAGAGAAGCUUGCUGCUGUUUCUCAAAUGGAUUUCUUCACUUUUCCACAAAACCCGACUUCAUCUUGUCCUCUUCCAUUUGCUUACCAUCAUCCAUGUCUCAAACCCUUUGAUAUUCAUGAACUGCUUCAUCUAACCCAAUCUCAAACCCAACUCCUUUCUUUGCAGACAUCUACAGCAAAUUUCAGGGCAUGGGGAGACGACUGUUUGGGAAGCAAGAAAAUUGGCGUAGAAGAUCAUCCAGGGGUUUCAGCAAAGAAAAUGAAGAGGAUAAAAGCAAGAAGAAAGGUAAGGGAACCUAGGUUUUGCUUCAAGACCAUGAGCGAUGUGGACGUCCUUGAUGAUGGAUACAAGUGGAGAAAAUACGGCCAGAAAGUGGUAAAGAACACCCACCAUCCCAGGAGCUACUAUCGAUGUACGCAAGAUAAUUGUCGAGUAAAGAAACGAGUGGAGAGAUCAGCGGAGGAUCCAAGAAUGGUGAUUACAAGCUACGAAGGGAGGCACGCUCAUUCGCCUCCUCGCGAUCUCGAUGACAUGAAUAACUCGGACACUCGCCUUAACAAUCUCUUCUAGUGCCUUUUAUUUUGUGUU